GGGAUGGGCUGCCCCUGUUCCUAAGGAGCACCCGCCAUUUUCCCUGCGUUGCUGCUGCUGCAUUUGGGGCUCCCGCAGCCACUAUCCCCGAGGCGCUGGCCCGAAGAAAGGGCGCGAAAGGCGCGCCCCCCGGCCGGCCGCCCGCCCCGGCCGCCGCCCUCCGCCGCCCUCUGCAGCAUUUCGCGCUCUCGCGCCGCUCCCCUCCCGCCCGGGCAUUUGCAUGUCCCACGAUUGUGGCCAAUCAGGGCUCGUCUCUCCCGAAGCGGAUGGCUUUUGCCUGAGAGGAAAGGGAGUGGCUGGCGGCGCAUGCGCCGGGUGGCCGACUCGAACCGAGGCUUUUAUUGCCGUAGUUUAUUUCCACCCCCUUCCCUCCUGUUCUCUCCCUCUCUUUCUUUUUUUUUUUCCGCCCUGGCUGGGCUGUGUUGGAGGAGAGGAAGAAAGAGAGACAGAGGAUUGCGUUGAUCUCUUACGUUCCUGGAAUUUGUUAUCAGCAAGACCAGCUAAGCUGUUGCACCUUUUUCAAUUCUGAAACAAAAUAAAAUACCAACUCUCUUUUUUGGCAUUUUUUUUUUUUUUUUUUUUUUUUUUUGCUUUAAAGCUGCCCUCUUGAAAUUAUUUUUUUCCCGGGAGAGAGAUGUCUUAUCAGGGGAAGAAAAAUAUUCCACGCAUCACGAGUGAUCGUCUUCUGAUCAAAGGAGGUAAAAUCGUUAAUGAUGACCAGUCAUUCUAUGCAGACAUAUACAUGGAAGAUGGGUUGAUCAAGCAAAUAGGAGAAAACCUGAUUGUGCCAGGAGGGGUCAAGACCAUCGAGGCCCAUUCCAGGAUGGUGAUUCCCGGAGGGAUCGACGUCCAUACCCGCUUCCAGAUGCCUGACCAGGGAAUGACUUCUGCUGAUGACUUCUUUCAAGGCACCAAGGCAGCUCUGGCUGGUGGGACCACCAUGAUCAUUGACCAUGUCGUGCCAGAGCCUGGGACAAGCCUGCUGGCUGCCUUCGACCAGUGGAGGGAAUGGGCCGACAGCAAGUCCUGCUGUGACUACUCUCUGCACGUGGACAUCACCGAGUGGCACAAGGGCAUCCAAGAGGAGAUGGAGGCCCUGGUGAAGGAUCAUGGGGUAAAUUCCUUCCUCGUGUACAUGGCUUUCAAAGAUCGCUUCCAGCUGACGGAUUCCCAGAUCUAUGAAGUCCUGAGCGUGAUCCGGGACAUUGGUGCCAUCGCCCAAGUCCACGCAGAGAACGGCGACAUCAUUGCGGAGGAGCAGCAGCGGAUCCUGGACCUGGGCAUCACAGGCCCCGAGGGACACGUGCUGAGCCGGCCUGAGGAGGUCGAGGCUGAAGCCGUGAAUCGUUCGAUUACCAUCGCCAACCAGACCAACUGCCCCCUGUACAUCACCAAAGUGAUGAGCAAGAGCGCGGCUGAAGUCAUCGCCCAGGCCCGGAAAAAGGGAACCGUGGUAUACGGCGAGCCCGUCACCGCCAGCCUGGGAACUGAUGGCUCCCACUACUGGAGCAAGAACUGGGCCAAGGCCGCUGCUUUUGUCACCUCUCCACCCCUGAGCCCUGACCCGACCACUCCGGACUUUCUGAACUCCUUGCUGUCCUGUGGAGAUCUCCAGGUCACUGGCAGUGCCCAUUGUACUUUCAACACUGCCCAGAAGGCGGUCGGAAAGGACAACUUCACCCUGAUCCCCGAAGGCACCAAUGGCACUGAGGAGCGGAUGUCCGUCGUCUGGGAUAAGGCUGUGGUCACUGGGAAGAUGGAUGAGAACCAGUUUGUGGCCGUGACCAGCACCAACGCAGCCAAAGUUUUCAACCUUUACCCCCGGAAAGGCCGCAUUGCUGUGGGAUCCGAUGCGGACCUGGUCAUCUGGGACCCCGACAGCGUUAAAACCAUCUCUGCCAAGACCCACAACAGUGCUCUCGAGUACAACAUCUUUGAAGGCAUGGAGUGCCGUGGCUCUCCGCUGGUGGUCAUCAGCCAGGGGAAGAUUGUCCUGGAAGACGGCACCCUUCAUGUCACCGAAGGCUCUGGGCGUUACAUCCCCCGGAAGCCCUUCCCUGAUUUUGUUUACAAGCGUAUCAAGGCAAGGAGCAGGCUGGCGGAGCUGAGAGGGGUUCCCCGUGGCCUGUACGAUGGGCCUGUGUGCGAGGUGUCUGUGACGCCCAAGACAGUCACUCCAGCCUCGUCGGCUAAGACGUCUCCGGCCAAGCAGCAGGCCCCACCCGUCCGGAACCUGCACCAGUCUGGAUUCAGCUUGUCUGGUGCUCAGAUUGACGACAACAUCCCCCGUCGCACCACCCAGCGCAUCGUGGCGCCCCCUGGUGGCCGUGCCAACAUCACCAGCCUGGGCUAGAGUUCCAGGGCCCAUUCCACUGGGGGAUAGGGGUUGGGGGAUGGGACACCUGAGGACAUUCUGAGACUUCCUUCCUUCCUUUUUUUUUUUUUUUUUUUUUAAAGAGCCUGUGAUAGUUACUGUGGGGCAGCCAGUUCACGGGGCUCCCUCUUGGGCCUCACACUCCGUCCCUCACCCGGAGUCACUGACUUUGCUCACCCACUUCCCUACACAUCUACAAACAUCACACCACGUCUACCCACCAACCCCGUACAGGGGACUGCAUCCAACACUCAGACAUGCGAAACAGAGCAAAUCACCAUGAGGGUGUUUCUCAUCUCCAACCUCUCUUGUAUUUAUCAUCUUCCUUUUCAUUGGGAGGGAAGAUAAAGUGAAUUGCCCAGAGCUGCCUUUUUCUUUUUAAAUUAAAAAAAAAAAAAUGUUUUCAUUAUGGGGCUGGGAAGGGAUGGGUGGGGGAGGGGGGAGAUUUUUUUUUUAAUACUAAAUUAGAAAGCCUAAUUCAAUACUAAUACAAGGGGUUUGAACUGGACAUCCUAAUGAUGCAAUUAUGUAACCAUCACGCUGAUUCAGGGUGGUCGGCAAACUCGUCGUGUCCCUCCUGAGGUUCCAGAAUGUCCACAUCACCAUUCCGUAGUCUUCUGGGCUGACUGCUUUUAGGGCAGUUUUGUUUUUUUGAGAUUUUGCUGCAGAUUAAAUCUUUUCCUCGGUUCACCUCUUCUCUCUCUCUCUCUCUCUCUCUCUCUCUCUCUCGCUUUUUAAUUCGUUUCAUGCCUCUCUCUUUCUUUGUGUUUCUUCCAGCCCUUGUCUCUGAGACACUGGUUUCUCGCCUUCCCCACUGCCUCUUCAAAUGACCAGGUCUACCAUUCUGCUGUGGUCAUAAGAACCUGCCUGGGAGGGUGUGAGCUUUGUCAUCACAACCACAGUAAUCUGCUGUCCUGUCCCUGUAAGACUGGUGCUACCCACCCAUCACCAUGAGGACAUGCAUGUGGGUCUGAGACCCUCCCAGGUGCAGGGAAGGGCCGAGGUGCCCACCCUCACGGGCACACCUGGGCCCAGAAUAGACCCUGAAGCAGUGCCGAGAUGUGGCAGAAGUUGAGGCUACAGACGUGCAAGUUUUUCCUCCAGGCAGUGCUACCUGGUUAGACAUGAUCAAAUCUGUAAAGUGAGCCCCAAACCCGAGUGAGCCAACCAGUCCCUCAGGCCAACCACCAGCUCAGCAUUGUUGAGCUGGUGGGAGUGGCCCCAAGAGCCUGCUGCUUCCUGGCUAAGUGUCUUGGGGUUCCUGAACACAAUGGGGCUUCUCACUUUGGGGGAAAAUCUUUUAUUCUUGUCCCAUUAUUUUAAAAGACAUCAUGCAAUACAGGGAGGCCUUUUAAGCUCUGAAAAUUCUUGGGAGAUUGGCCUUAAAGCCCCUUUUACUUUGCAAAAGGAAACAUCUGUUUAGUGAGUGUGAUGUCACAUCAGAGCUGCCUGUGGAGAAACUUACACAUCGAACAUGAGGCCCGUAGAGACCGAAGGUGACCUGGGUCAGCAUCUUCCCUCUGUCUCAGUGACCCUCUCACUCGCUGCCUUUGUGCCCGUCCCUGUCUUUGCUGAUUUGUGUUGCAUGUCCUUCCAAGCGUGUGUACAGGUUCUCCUAAGUGCUGUCUGUCUGCAGGCUUUCAUAAAACCCAGCUGCUUUCACACACAAAAGUAGGUCAUCCCGUCAUUCCACUUGUCUCUCCACACAUUUUGCCUUUGGGGUUAUGGUUGGGGUGUAUUUUUUAUUACUGUUGUUGUUUAUUUGUUAUUUGAAAAGGAAAUUGCACUUUUAAAGAAUAAUUGGUUAACUUAAUAUAUUUGCUUUUUUUUUCUCACCUUCACUUAGAAGAAAUUUGAACCAGUUGGAAAAAGUAUUUUUUGUUUCAAUUCUAAGAAACACUCGCAGCUCUUCAGUGUUCACUUGAGUCUUCCUGUCUUUCCUGUACCAGGUCCUGGUCAUUUUGGUUCUUUGGAUUGUUUCCUUAAAACCGCUUGAAACCUGGAGAUUCCCGCAGGCUGUGUAAGCAUGUGUACCUGUUGGCUUGCUUUGUGUGUCUGUUAGAUGAAUGUCAUGUGUAAAUGCUAACAUAAAUCAACAGUGUCUCAGAUCUGAAUAACUGCAGUGACUUGAUGCUCUGAAACAGUGUAGGAUUUCAUAAUAGAUGGUUCUUAAUCCUUGGAAUUGUGAUUGUGACCCAUGAGGAGGAACUUUCAGUGCUAAAGCUCAUCAUCGUGUGUAGCCAGAAGAGUACCUUUUUUUUUUUUUUGUAACCACUGUCUUAAUGACAAAAUAAUUAUGGUUAAAAAACAAACAAAUAAGUCUCGUGUUUAUUAUUCCUUAAGAACUCUGUGUUAUAUUACUAUGGAACGCCUAAUAAAGCAAAAUGUGGUUGUUUCA